AGGAGUGUAUACUUCAAAUUGAAAGUCAUUGAAUUGAAUUAUACUGAAUUUUACCAAAAAAAAAUUUUCAAAAUUUCAGAAGUUUUACAGUUAAAGGGCAAAUAAGUGAAAUUAAAAUGAUUCAAUCCGCUGAGGUUCCCACCAAACCCAGCCAAAAAGGGGCCGUUAAAAAAAAAGCUGAAAUUUAUAGCAUUUUAAGAGAUAUUCCAAGCGUCGUCACAUUAGAACGAUUGGAGGAAGAGAAAAGACUUAGUAUUGAAACAAAAUCCAGAAAAUCUCAAAUAAGUAGGUUGUACAACGAACGUUUGGCUAGUUUUUCUGCGCAAGCCACUCCUCCCAAAAAAGUCAUAAAGGAUCCACAGGUGGAUGGACCAUGUUCUCUAAAAAUAUGUUGUGAUAUAGGGAUUGAUCAGUUGUGUUGCCAGUAUAAUGAAGAUUUUUCACUAUUUGGUACUGGUGGUGCUGAUGGCAUUGUAAGAUUAUUUGAUGCUGAAGAUUUCAAUUUUUUGAAAAGUAUAGGUGGAGACAGGGACACGGAAGGAGUCACCUCUUGUGUAACAUCUAUUAAGCACAAGUCAAUACUAAAAUCCGAGAACAUCGAUCAUCAUUUCAUGUUUUCUUAUGUGAACGGAGUAGUGAAAUGCUUUAAUUACAACAAUAGACAAUGUGUUUUCACUAUCAAGGAAAGAAGGCAAACCUACGGUCUGACGUUUCACCCUAGGCUCCAAAAGUUCAUCACUUACGGCGAUGACCUGAAGAUUAACUUGUAUGAUUACGAAACGCAAACGAAAGAGAGGACCUUCAAGAGAAGCGGCAGAUUGAACGAGCACGAUGGUCAUACUUCGAGGAUUUUUGCAGCUCGGUUCAAUCCAGCAUCCAAUGCAGAAUUCCUUUCCGGAGGAUGGGAUAACACAGUGCUCCUCUGGGACUUGAGGAAGCAGUUUGCGUGCAGAUAUCUUUCCGAUGUCAGUUUAUGUGGCGAAGGUUUAGACGUUGACAAAAUGGGGAGACAGAUCUUAACUUGUUCUUGGCGAAAAGAAGAUCAACUACAACUGUGGGACUAUUCCACGUUCAAGCUUAUUUCUUCCAUGACACCUGAUUACCAGAACAGUAAACUUUAUUGUGGACGAUUCCUCGGACCUGACUUUCUCGUGUGUGGUGGAAGUGACCCUGCUUUGUUAAGAGUGGUACACAGGAACUCUGAAAAGACGUGUGUGCUGAUAAGAGGUUUACCUUACGAUGUUUAUCAUUUGACUAUCGGAAAUAAAACUUCAAAAACAUCUAAAGUAAAGAUGAAGAUCAAGUCCAUGAAACAAACUGAUGAGAAUGAACCGGAUAUGAGCGAGGUUCCAAAGGUUCUAUUUGCAGCAGGGGGAAGAAUUUAUCUUGUUGAUUUCCAGCCUUGACCUAUAUUUUAUACUGCACUACAUGAAUACUUUCUAUAUAGUUGAGUAAAUUAAUGCUCGUUGCUUAUAAUUGUAUAUUCGUUCAAACAAAAAUAAUACACAAUUUCAAUCUGAUUUUUGUUCAU